AGAAGGUCAAAGGUUAUCAUAAUGGGGAUUUUAGGCUGAAAGAAGAACAGUGCCACAGAGAAGCAAAUAGAAUGGCAAGAAACUGGAAGUUGUUUGCUUUUUCUGUCUUGUGUGCGUUGAUCCUUUUGACAGAAUAUUGCACUGCAGAUGAUACCUUAACUCGAUCCCGACAACUCUCUGUAAACCAGAGUCUUGUUUCAGCUGGUGAAGUAUUUGAGUUGGGGUUCUUUAGUCCUGGGCGUUCCAGAAAGCUGUAUAUUGGAUUGUGGCACAAGAAUAUUACUGUUCGUAGGAUAUUAUGGGUCGCGAACAGAGAAAAUCCUCUUCUGGCUAAUGAUUCUGCUGCGAGUUUGAAGAUUGGAAGCGAUGGGAACAUAAGACUCGUGGAUGGGAAACAAAAAACAGUUUGGUCCACAAAUGUCUCCAUCCAGUCUAAUAGCAGCACAAUUGCAGUGCUUACAGACAAAGGAGAGCUCAUUCUUAGAGACACUGCCAUGGGAGUGCUUCUGUGGAAUAGCUUCAAUUACCCGUGUGACACGAUUAUUUCAGGAAUGCGUCUGGGAUAUGAUAUCCGGGCUGGAGUGAAACAAGAAUUGUCUUCCUGGAAAUCGGAAGAUGAUCCAUCACCGAGAAACUUCAGAGUUGGUCUUUCACAAGAAAAGCCACCUCAAGUAUUCACUUGGGGUAAUAAUUCAAAGCCUUAUUGGAGAAGUGGCCCGUGGAAUGGAUGGAGAUUCAUAGGCAUUCCAGGACAGGCUAGUGGAUAUGCCAAAGGGAUGAAUCUUGUCCAGGAUAAUAAUCAGGGAACUGCCUAUUUAAGUUUCAAUAUGUUCAACGCGUCCUAUGUUGUGAUCGUCUCUAUAAAACCAUCGGGCUCGUUGCAGAUGGAUGAGUGGAAUGAUAAAAGGAAAGAGUGGGUCGUCGACUUUGAAGCACCAGACCAUAUUUGUGAUGUUUAUGGAACUUGUGGACCGUUUAGUGUUUGUGAUAAGAAAAAGUCUCCAUUUUGCGAGUGCUUAAGAGGUUUUAUACCCAAGUCAAGAGAGGAAUGGAGUGAAGGGAAUUGGACCCGUGGCUGUGUUAGGCGGGCUGAGCUUCUAUGUGAACCAGAUAGGAGUAGCAUGGCCUCCAAGAAUUCCAAAAACGACACGUUUUUUAAGCUAACUGAGAUGAAAUUGCCCGACCAUUUCAUAUAUUUGUUCGAUCAAGACAUGGAAGGCUGCAGGCAAUGGUGUUUGGAAAACUGUUCUUGUGUGGCUUAUGCAUUUCCACAAGGAAUUCGCUGUAUGGUUUGGACAUCGAGCCUAAUCGAUGUUCUCCAGUUCUCACUUGCAGGAGAGGAUCUGUAUCUUCGCCUUUCUAGUUCUGAAUUUGGUGAAGAUAAGAGAAGGAUAGCACUCAUUGCUGGUUUAACGAGUGCUGUCGUUUUGGGAAUCUUGAUAUAUAUGACCUGCAUUUGGAGAGCAAACCGAAAAGGAGGAAGAAGAGAAAGGAUCAAAGAUCUAUUUUUUAUGGGAAAGGCUCGGAAUGAAAGAGACAUCACAGGAGAAGAGUUGCAGGGAAUUCACGCAUUCCCUAGUGAUUCAUCAGAGUUGCCAAUGAUCGGUUUUGAUGAACUAGCAGCAGCUACCAACGAUUUCAGCAACGAUAACAAGCUUGGUGCAGGAGGAUUUGGUUCCGUUUACAAGGGGAUACUGGGAAAUGGCCAGGAAAUUGCAGUAAAACGGCUUUCUGCUCAUUCUGGACAAGGUGUUGAAGAGUUCAAGAACGAAAUCUUGCUGAUCUCCAAACUCCAGCACAGGAAUCUCGUUCGGCUUUUAGGCUGCAGCAUUCAUGGGGAAGAGAAGUUACUGGUCUAUGAGCAUAUGAAAAAUAAAAGCUUGGAUAGCUUUCUCUUUGAUCAAACGAAAAAAGUACAGCUUGAUUGGGCAAAACGCAUCACAAUAGUUCAAGGUGUAGCCAGAGGGCUUCUCUAUCUUCACCGCGAUUCUUGUUUAAGGAUUAUUCACCGGGAUCUCAAGGCAAGCAAUAUUCUGUUGGAUAUGGACAUGAAUCCAAAAAUCUCGGACUUCGGGCUGGCAAGGCCAAUCAGGGUGACAGAAGAGCUAUUUACUCAAAGGAUUAUGGGAACCUUUGGCUAUAUGUCACCGGAAUAUGUCAUAGGAGGACAAUUUUCCGAGAAAUCUGAUGUUUAUAGCUUCGGGGUAUUACUGUUGGAGAUCGUUAGCGGCAGGAGAAACUGUGGAUUCUAUAACCAUGAUGAAAAACAUUUCAGCCUCCUCAGUUAUGCAUGGCAAUUAUGGAGCGAAAGCAGGGAAGUUGAGCUGAUAGACGAAUCAAUUACCAGCUCGUGUUCGUUUACAGAAGCGCUGCGGUGCAUAAGGAUAGGGCUGCUUUGUGUGCAGGACCAUGUUUCAGACAGGCCAACAAUGUCAAAUGUAGUGCUGAUGUUGUGCAGUGAAACAGAUAUUCCUCAGCCUAAACAGCCAACAUUCACAAUCCAAAGCUUUUUGGAUUCUGAUUCCAAGUCACAUAGAAGUAAUGCCCACUCCAAGAAUGAAACCACUCCUGCAGAUAUGAAUUCAGCUAAUUAAGAUUUCUUGUUCUUUGGCUUGAAGAAGGAAGCUCUCCCUAAU